AUGGCAAGAGCUUCCCCAAACUCUUUCGACACUACAGAAAUUAAUACGGCUAUUAAAUCCAAUUUCCCCACACUCGAAAAUACAGCCACAACUACCAAAAACAUUAAUACUGCUAAUAUUCAAAUGAGUACUUCUACAAAUGAAUGCUCAUCUUUUCAAGAUGAGAAGGAAGAAGAUUUCCUUUAUGAAUCUUGGAAUAGACCUAGCAAAAAAACAUUGGAAAACUCUUCUCUUUCUGAUGGAAGCUUAGCAAACUCAUUUUCGCAAACGUCCAGCCCCAAAUCACCAUCGGUGGAAUAUUGGAAUAAAACAUAUUUAUCUUCAUUUUCUGCAGUAAAAAGACGAUCUCGUCGUCGAUCCAGUCUUUGCUACUCGGAGACUUUAGAUGACCUACCUCCAGAGCCAGUAGCAACUCCAUCUAUUCAUUCAAGUUCAAAAACUGAUAAAUUAAAUAAAGAAUCAGCUCAACAGACUUACCCUAAAUCACAGGCGCCCUUUUCAGAGAAUCACAACAAUACUUUUAAUAAGUCCAAGUCUUUUAAAAAUCGUCCAUCGUUUAUUCUUUGUGGUUCUUGUGACACCAAAAUUAGAACAAGAAAAAUUAGUAAUGGAUCUGAUAUGAUAUCACGCACUACAAAUUUUAACAGCGAUCUUUUCGAUAGAUCCUCUUUAUAUGGUUCUUUAUCCUCGUCUUUGUCUUUGAAUUUACCUUUACCUUUACCUUUGUCUUCGUCUUCGUCUUCGUCUUCGUUUUCCACUUUCUCUAGUUUAUCGCCGUAUAUAGGACCGUCAUCUCCUGUGUCAUCUUCACAAUCCCCACUUUUGUCUCCUAAUACUUUAUCUCCAUCUUCAAGUAUACGAUCGUCACCUAUUAAUGGAUUAAGCAAAUCAUCUUCCAAAAUUUUAUCAUCACGAAUUCAUGGAGGGAAUCAUCACCACAAUAAAGAAUCCCUUCUUGGAUCAUAUGAAGAGAGUUUACUAUCUGGUCGAAUGUCAACUCCAUGUUCUCCACCAGUUCCAUUUUAUAUGAAACUUGGUGUUUUUGGUCAGCAACUGACUGAUACAUCUCUUAAAGAGUCACUUAAAUUCCCAAAGCAUAUAACAACACAAUUCAAUGCUGUUUUCUAUGAUUAUGAUUUACAUGAAACUGGUAUUCCUGGAAAAGGUAGUCCAUAUGUUGGCUCAGUAGAUCUUGAGCAAUUUUAUGUAAACCAAUAUCUCAAAAGUGGAAAAGUAUUGCGGGACGAUAUAUUAACCAAAACUCUAUGCCAGAAACAAAAUCCAACUGUUUCAAAUAAUAAUUCAACAUUAACAAAAAUUCAGAAAAAAAAUAAAGAGAGAUCUCAGCUUCCAUUUCCGGGUUAUAGAAUUCCACCAACUGGUAAAAUUCAAAUUAUCAUUUCUAAUCCACAAAAAACAGCAGUAAAACUUUUUCUAGUCCCAUAUGAUGUGUCAACUCUUGAGUACAAACAAAAAACCUUCAUCAGGCAUAAAGUCUUUAUUCGGUCUUCUUUGCCAUCAUCGCAACUAAAAACUUCUAACCUUGGGUCUACUCGUACAUCUAAUCACGAAGAGAAAAUGAGUUUGCUACAAACCGUUCAUUUACAAAUAGCACGCCCGUCCAAAAACAAAUAUUACCUUUAUGGUGAUUUGCGUGUCAUUUUUCAUAAUAGGGAAGAGUCAAAUUUCCCUGAAAAAGAAUCUAAGCCUUUAGGUUUGAUGCUUGCAGUUAAAGAUUCUUCAUUAUCAAAAAUUGAAACAGUUACUAGUGGAAACAAUCCUUUGAGAUACAACUUAGAAGAGGUUUUUAUGCAACAUGUUAACAAGGCAGUGGAAAAAGAUCAAAAUGAUUUCGACGAAAAAUUGAAUAACAAACCUUGGGAGUCCAUUACUGUUUUUGAUGAAGAAGAAGACCAAGAUAUUGAAGAAAUUGAUAUUAGUACUGAAAUGAUACAUUGCGAUUGCUGCAAUAAACCUAUACCUACUAAUUCAUCAGAAUAUUCUGUUUCUGAUAAGACGGCGGACGGAGUAAAGAACAUAAGAGGCAUACCUCAAACACCUAUUAAGGAAACUUUAGCAGCCAAUGGUAAAUCUACUAUUGAUGGAGCGGAUCAAAAGUACAAUGAUUUAACCAAUUUUAGAAAGCUGGACACACGAGAGGACCUUGAUGAAAAGUUGAUGUCUGAUAUGAAGGCAGCUUCUAAACGAAGUUAUUCUCAUGCGCCUGGGAUGCUUUAA